AUGGUAACAGCAGCGGAGAUAGGACCAAUAUCACAGCAAUAUUCAGCUGCAGCUACUAUCCCAUUGAUUAAAUCACCUUCGCUAUGGCUUCCCAAACCUAUCGAAAUGCCGAAUGACAUACAUCCGUUACCAGAGGAUAUAACGGCUUAUUUCGUUUAUCCAUUCUCGUUGGAAGAACAUAUACUUUCAACCCAUCCUUCAGCAGCUGAAUCGAUCUCACAACGAAGAGCUAGAAAUGCAGAGAUCCUCCACCAGCGAGAAGUAGAAGAAGAGCAAAGAGAGAAAGACGUUUUGAGGAAAAUCGCACCUGGUUACAACCCGUCUUCAUUAUUAUUACCUUCUUCCUCAUCAUCAACGAAUAUCCCAAGUCCGUCAAUGCUAUUUCCAACUUCAUUCCAAACACAAACACAGACUCAAAGUAGACCUAUCACUGAAACUCGCGUCGGAAAAUCAGUUGAUGGCAAGACUAAUGAUCUAAUGGAUGAUUUAGUUUCUCAAUUGGAAGAAAUGGAAGCCAAGAGGUGA